GGAACCCCCUGCAAGCUCCUACUCUACCACAGAAAUGGAUGAAAACAUUUCUAUAGGUACAGAUAUAUAAAACAUAGUUGUUCGUGUAAAAGAAUGAAAAAAAGAGUUUGAAUUGAGUUGCAAAAGAAAGUGUAUAUAUGGACAUGGUUCUAUACACGAUGAGCACUAUUGUUAUGAUGAUGAUGAUGAUAUUAGUAUUACUACAUGUGUGGAAAUUCUUGAAGUGGGCUUGGUUUGAGCCGAGGCAGAAGGAGAAACAGCUUAGGCAGCAAGGCUUUAAUGGAAACUCGUACCGAUUCUUGCUCGGAGAUUUCAAAGAUAUAAGUCGAAAGGCGAAGGAAGUCCAGUCGAAGCCGAUGGCUGCUUUCUCCAAUGAUAUUUUGGAAACAACUCUGGCCUUCUUCUAUGAAGCUCUUCAAGAAAAUGGUGAAAAUUGCUUCGUCUGGUUAGGAACAAAGCCUACGGUUCUAAUUACAGACCCGGAAAUGAUAAAAGAGAUAUUUUCAAGGAAUUACAUUUUCCAGAAGAUCAAUUCGCCAUUGAACAAACUUAUAGCAAGAGGCGUUGCUGAAUACGAUACAGAAAAAUGGGCAAAGCAUAGAAGGCUUCUCAAUCCAGCAUUCCAUUUAGAGAAAGUCAAGCACAUGCUUCCAUCAUUUUAUUCGAGCUGUGUUAAGAUGCUGAGCAACUGGGAAGAGAUCGUGCGGAUGGACGGGUCAUGCGAAGUGGAUGUGUGGCCGCACAUUAGGACUCUAACAAGUGAUGCAAUCUCGCGCACUGCUUUCGGAAGUAACUAUGAAGAAGGAAGGAAGAUAUUUGAACUUCAGAAUCAACAAGCCACACUUAUCCUCAAUUCCUUUGCCCUUUUGAUCCCGGGAUGGAGGUUUUUGCCAACAAAAGUGAAUAGAAAGAUGAAGGAAAACGCGAGGGAAGCACAAUCAUGUGUACUAGAAAUCAUCAACAAAAGAAUGCAGUUGAUUGAAAGAGGUAGCCAGAACUCGAACGAUCUUCUGGGAUUACUACUGGAAUCCAAUUUCAAGGAAAUCCAAGAAAAUGGAAAUGAGUUUGGAAUGAGCAUGGAGGAUGUCAUCGAGGAAUGCAAGCUUUUCUACAUUGCUGGGCAAACGACAACCUCGUCGCUGCUAGUUUGGACAAUGCUUUUAUUGGGUAAACAUUUGGAUUGGCAAGAAAGAGCUAGAGACGAAAUUCUACAUGUCUUUGCAAACAAUGAAGUGCCCGAUUUUCACAACCUAAACCGCUUGAAAGUUGUGACAAUGAUUUUCCACGAGGUUUUGAGGUUGUAUCCGCCGGGCGUAAUUCUAAGUCGAGCAAUUCAUCAAGAAACUACGCUAAAAAAUUUGAUCUUACCCGGCGGGGUACAACUGUUUUUGCCUGCGGUUUUGUUGCAUCAUGACAAAAGGGUAUGGGGAGAUGAUGCUGAUGAUUUCAAACCCGAGAGAUUUAGCGAAGGAGUUUCAAAGGCGACAAAAGAUCAAUUUUCGUAUUUUCCAUUUGGCGGGGGGCCUCGAAUAUGUAUUGGACAAAGUUUUGCUUUGUUAGAAGCCAAGUUAGUGAUAGCCAUGAUUUUACAACGUUAUGCUUUUGUAAUAUCUCCUUCUUAUGCACAUGCACCUGAAGUUGGUCUUUCACUUCAACCUCAAUACGGCGCGCAGUUGAUCUUGCGUCGAAUUUAAUUAGGGUUGAUGCUUAGUUUUCACAUAGGUUAUCCUUUAGUAAUUUAUAUGGCUAUUGUAAGAUGUAGUAAUGCAUUUUUAAUAGAAAGAUCAUCUAUAUGUUUUUGGUU